GAUAUCCCAAAUAUUUUGUUUAAAUUUGUAAACAAAUUGAGGAUAUUCUAUACUGUAAAGGACAAAAACACUGUUUCGCAGAAUUGAUUCCACCUUCAGUUAGUGUAAAUGAUUUAUGCAGUGCGUUAACUUAGUUGAAGUACGUUUAAUACUACGGUUAUUCUUAAGCAAUACUAAUAUACAGCUGGUAAAAGUGCAGACUGUUUCCACGGCCCGAUUCCCGCCAGCCGCCGACCGUAAUAUACAAGGAAGAAAUUCACUGUGGAUGGUGACCCUAAAAAGUGGAUAAUUAUAAACUGAAAAAUUUGCAGCUCUGCAAAGCACCUCCAUAAUAAGCUGUAUCUCAGGCAAACAUGGCUGUCCGCCUGGGACGUUUAAAAAAAGAAUGCCAACAGUUGCUUGAAUCCCCUCCUGUUGGAGUUUCUUGUUGGCCUGAAGCAGAUGAUCUCACUACUUUCACAGCAGUUAUCUUUGGUGAAGAAGGCACUGUAUAUGAUGGUGGUGUGUUCAAGCUGGAAGUUGAAGUUCCAGAGAAAUAUCCGUUCCAGCCACCAAAUGUACGCUUCAUUACAAAAAUAUACCACCCCAACAUAGACUCUGUUGGACGUAUUUGUCUUGAUGUUUUAAAAUUACCGCCUAAUGGUAGUUGGCGGCCCAUGCAUAACCUUUCCAGUGUAUUAACAUCAGUUCGGCUUCUUAUGGCAAGUCCAAAUCCAAACGAUCCCUUGAUGACUGAUAUUGCAGAAGAAUACCAAUUCAAGAAGACCCAGUAUGAAGCAACGGCUCGUGAAUGGACUUUGAAGUUUGCCAAGAGUGAAGAUCAGUGUGAAAAAUUGUCAAGAGCUGGAAGCUCAAAAUCAGAGAAGCGACCCCUGGAAUCAGAAGAGAAAGAGGAAGGGAAGUCCUUAAAUAAAAAAACAAAAUCCUGAAGACUUGUAUGCCACCGAGUUAUUGUAAUUUAGGAAUAUUUGUUAUAUUUUUUAUAACCUGUUUCUUUUACUGUAAGAAUUUUAGUAAUAUGCACGUGAAGAAGAAUGUUCCAUGUGUACAUUAUGAUUAAAUUAUUAUUUUUUAAAUGAACUGAUAUACAUUACUAUAGAUUUAUUGAUUUAAAAAAUAUUUCCCUCAAAUUUCCAGUAUUCUUAGUUGUGUUUUUUUCUAGGUUUUCUCACUGACUCACUGCAUAAGCAACAAGACUGAACUAUGUUAAAAGAUGUAAGAUUAAAAUAUAGAAUGAUCCCACUUAUCA